AUGUACUUGACUGCUAGUCGGCCAGACAUUAUGUACGCCGUCUGCCAGUGUUCUCGUUAUCAGGCUAACCCUAAACUCUCACAUCUAACUGCUAUUAAAAGAAUUUUUAGAUAUCUGAGUGGAGCUCCUAAACUCGGACUCUGGUAUCCCAGAGAUUCGAACUUUAUUUUGUUCGCAUUUUCAGAUAGCCACUUUGGAGGGACAGACAGGGAUAUGAAGUCUACGUUAGCUGGAUGCCAGUUCUUGGGAGAUAGACUCAUCUCAUGGCAGUGUAAGAAGCAGCAAACUGUAUCUCUAUCCACAGCGGAAGCAGAGUAUGUUGCAGCAUCUGCCUGCUGCUCCCAGAAGAUGCUUGAAGAUCCAAAGAAGAAGAUAUUCAUGCUGUAUCCAAGGUUCAUCCAGAUGAUUCUUGAUGACAGAUACCCAGAGUUGGUUAAGGGCCCAAACUUCAUCAAUAUAACCUGA